AAAAUGACAGCAUUUUUUUCGUCAUCAUUCUAAAUCGACCUGAGGACUUGAGCAUUGAACGUUUGGCGGGUACAGCAGCAUUUUUAUGACCAGCUUACAACUUGAAUAAUAUUUUAAUUCCGUAAAAUCGUGAAAUGCCAUUUUUAACAGACGGUAUCAAUAGCAAAUUCAUCGACGAAAUUGAAUAUGUUGGGAAAUAUUUGAACGGACGUUAUGUCAUUGCCCGAAAAUUGUAUGUUUGUGUGGAACCUCAGCUUCCUGCUGGCAAUUAUUUACAAAGUCGUUUCGAGAAGUAUGGGCAAAUAGAAUCGACCGAAGUGUUGAAAAGCGGAAAAGAGGGUUAUGUCACAUUUUCAUACGAUCUCGAUGCAUGCUUGGCUUAUCACAGAGAAAAAGACUACGGUGUCGACGUAGCUUACCCUUGGCAUCAACCAUCAACUGUAACUGAGCCCCAAAGUGAAGAUGAACACGAUGCCGUGAUUGAUGGAGGAUCGCCAUUACUGCUGCUAAAUGAUGACUGUUUCUAUGGACUGUUUAAUUACUUGGACAAUGAAACUCUCGUCCAUUUAUCAGAGACGUGCACACAACUCUACAGAUUGCUCGCAUACACAUAUACGUUUCCUAACCGCGAGUUUAAGCUGGACGGAGGCACCAGCACCGGUACACCAAUGCCACUCGCCAUGGUACGAAACAUUUUUCGUCUAAUGGGAUCGUAUUUCCAAGUUAUGGAUAUCGAUGUCACAUGCAUGAGAGACACAGAUGUUUUGAGUUACUUACAAACAAUGCUGAAGUAUUGUGAACACAAUACGCGCAUGCGUACGAUGAAAUUUGCAGCUAUGGCUUGGAAGGUCGAAUUUGACGCUUUAAUAUUGGCAUUUGCUGGUAGCUUGGAAAGAUUGGAUUUAUGUUCGUUAAACGGACAUUUUUGUCCAGAUGUCAUCACUAUAUGUCCGAAAUUGAAGGCCUUAACUACACACCAUGUUUACAAUUUUGCGACAACGACAGACAGACCGGGCCUGCCGACUUUUCCGGUCAAAAAUCUGCAAAUCAGAAAAUUCAAAACUUCGCUAACGGACGCGAUAUAUUUUCAAACUUUAGCUCUUCGAUUGCCGAACGUUGAAAAAUUGAGUUUGAUACUGUUCCAAGUGACAUUGGACGAUUUUAGACAUUUGACGAAUCUCAAAUUGAUAAAAUUAAAAUUGAAAUUUGACCUAGUUCGCGGCACGUUUGCCAAUUUACUGUGUGGAAUGUUUGAAAUUUUGCAAGGAGUUGGCAGCCUCAUGGAAUUAAAGCUGUACUUGACACCAACUGCAUUGCCGAUGGAACCGGAUGAAAUCGAUCGAUUGGUAAUGCAUCUGGCUGCAAAGCUUCCACAUCUCAAACGCGUAGACUUGGUAGGUUUCACUGGAAUAAACGAAUCGACCGUUUUGAAUUUCAUUUGGCAAUCCAAAAAUCUUGGAUCGUUCCACUUGCAUAGAUCGCCUAAUUUUCGUACUGAAUCGUUCAUCGUACAGCUCGUAUCAGAUCGUAAAUGUCUACCCCCAAGGAAAUUGAACUUGUACCUGGAUGCUGAUGAAGAUGGUGCUGUUGUCGAUCUCAAUUCCAUCGAUAUGGACCCGUAUCUAACCAUACAAUAUAAGUGUUCACAUAAUGAGCCACUGAAGUUUCAAUCGAAACAUUUUCAAUAGCAAAAAUGUUCGAUUUUCCUCAGAUGAAAUUUUUAAAUUUUUUAACGAAAAUCAAUCACGUCAAUCAUUGUUCGUUUGUUUAGUAUUUUUGUUAAUUGUAAGAAAAUUGUAAUUGUGCGCUUGAUUUAUACCGAAAAUAUUUCCAGCAUUAAAGAAAAAACCGUUUAACU